GUACAAAACCCUAGCCUUCCCCAUCCUCGCCUCCUCCUCUCUCCCCCCGCACCACCGCCUCCCCUCCUCUCCUCUCCUCUCUCCCGCCGACCAGGAGAAAGAAGGAAAAAGAAGAAGAAAAAUCCUCUGCGAUGGCGAAGAAGAAGGAGAGGGCGGUGAACGUGUCGGGGAAGCCGCGCCACUCGCUCGACGUCAACCGCGCCAAUGACAAGAAGGGCGCGGGCGGCGGCGCCGGGGGCGGCGGCGGCGGCCGCUCGGCCGCCACGGUGCGGCGGCUCAAGAUGUACAAGAUGAGGCCCCUCAGGGACCGAGGCGGGAAGAUCCUGAAGCACGACCUCCAGUCCAAGGAGCUCCCCAACACCCGCAUCGAGCCCGAUCGCCGCUGGUUCGGAAAUACACGAGUCGUUAAUCAGAAAGAGCUUGAAUUCUUUCGGGAGGAACUCCAGAGUCGGCUUUCCAAUAACUAUAAUGUGAUACUGAAAGAGCGGAAGCUUCCACUGUCACUACUGCAGGAUCAUCAAAAGCAAGCUAGGGCGCAUCUUCUUGACACUGAACCUUUUGAGCAUGCAUUUGGACCAAAGGGCAAGAGGAAACGCCCAAAACUAAUGGCUCUUGAUUACGAAUCUCUAUUGAAGAAAGCUGAUGAUUCUCAAGGUGCAUUUGAGGAUAAGCAUGCUACAGCGAAGUUGCUGAAAGAGGAAGAGGAAGAUGGCUUACGAGACCUAGUCCGGCACACAAUGUUCGAGAAGGGACAGAGCAAAAGAAUUUGGGGUGAACUCUAUAAAGUUAUUGACUCUUCAGAUGUUGUCGUGCAGGUGUUGGAUGCCAGGGAUCCAAUGGGUACUAGAUGCUACCAUCUGGAGAAACAUCUGAAGGAGAAUGCCAAGCACAAACACUUGGUAUUCUUACUAAAUAAGUGUGAUCUAGUACCUGCUUGGGCCACAAAAGGAUGGUUGCGCACUUUAUCAAAGGACUACCCCACCCUAGCAUUCCAUGCAAGCAUCAACAGUUCAUUUGGCAAAGGAUCACUUCUUUCAGUGUUACGGCAGUUUGCACGCCUGAAGAGUGACAAACAAGCUAUAUCUGUUGGUUUUGUUGGAUACCCCAAUGUUGGGAAGUCAUCAGUUAUCAACACGUUACGCUCCAAGAGUGUUUGCAAAGUGGCUCCAAUUCCUGGAGAGACGAAGGUGUGGCAGUACAUUACUCUGACUAAAAGAAUAUUUCUGAUUGACUGCCCUGGGGUUGUGUACCAAAACAAUGAUUCAGAAACUGAUAUUGUUCUUAAGGGCGUGGUGCGUGUGACAAAUUUGGCGGAUGCUUCUGAGCACAUUGGUGAAGUUCUGAGACGUGUAAAAAAGGAGCAUCUUAAAAGAGCUUACAAAAUUGAAGACUGGGUUGAUGAUAAUGAUUUUCUUGUCCAACUGAGCAAGACCACUGGAAAGCUACUCAGGGGUGGGGAGCCUGAUCUUACAACAACGGCCAAGAUGGUGCUUCAUGACUGGCAGAGGGGCAAGAUUCCCUUUUUUGUGCCUCCACCACAGCAAGGUGAAGAUAGUCCAUCUGAAACAGCUGAACCUGUGGAGAAAUCCGAUGAGGAAGGGGUGAGCAGUGACAGAACUGCUGCCGCCAUGAAAGCGAUAGCGGGAAUAAUCUCAUCACAGCAGCAGAUGAAUGUUCCUUGCCAAAAGGAAUUUGGUGUAACUAAUGAAGAUAGUGAAGUCGCGGAGCAAUCAGAGUGAUCUACAAAAGGCUAGGAACCCUGCAUGAUAAAGAACAGGGCACAAUUUUGCCAAAUACCUAGAGAUUUUAUGAAGAUUUGGUGUCUAACAGGAAUGUUACGAUGAAUGUUACGAUCGUUCAGUUCACCGGUGCGUUCUACUGCAACGAAAGAGCGUUCACUGCAACGAAAGACUGGAAUCAAGGGUGUGGGACUGGGAAACUUCUGUAACUUCAUAUAUUGUGUGGGCCUUUGUUGUAGACCAGAUAGAGUGUUUUGGUAGCUUAAUAUAACCAUUUUGUUCCAACUGUACUUGAAACAAAUUUAUUCCGAUACAUUAAUUCCGCAAAGUCGUUCGUAUUUGUAUGGGGUCAAAAGUGAAAUACUCUUUUGUUGACGGUUUA